UGUAGUUCAUCAGCUGCACUGGGAAGUCCUUUUUCUGAAGGCUCUCCCAUCAAUCAUCACAGCUGGAGAUGUGAUUUUUUUAAGUCAGAUCUCAGCUGCUUUGGAGAGAAGAAAGGCUCCGAUGGAAGAGGCACUUUCUCUGGUGUUUUGGGCAUGGAUUAGUUUGAAGCCAAGAGCUGGCUGUCCUUAUCUCCACCUCCAAAGGUGUAGCUCUUGCAGCACCUCCAACAGUGAGUGCUGAAGGCUGCGAAGGUUUUAGGCGGGACACAAAAAACAGCUGCCAAGAGCAAGCCAGGAACCUUUCCCACCAAGCCAGGAAACCCCCAGCGGUCCCUCCUCCCCGCGGGGCGUGCUCCGGGCUCCCUUGCCGCUGGGAUCCGAACUACAAACCGCAGCUCGAUUGCUGGGAGGACCUUCACCCCGAGCUCAAGUUGGCGGUUUUGGGGUCUGCAGCUGCCGUGCACAGCCCGGGAGGGGACGGCAGGUUGCUGUGCCAGCGGGCGGGGGAUCCUGCCCCGCCAGGGGAAGGGAUGCUGAUCGGCGAGCGGGGAGCGGCGCUCAGCCCCCGGCGGCAGGAGGCGGCGAGCAGAUGUGCUGCGGGGGAAGCGUGCCCCGGAACCCCCUUUUAAUCACCCUACUCCUGAAAAGCAGAGCACGAAAUGCCGUGUAAAGCCCUGCCCGGAGCCCCCGAGCCCGUCCUGCAGAAGUUGGUCUGUUUGUGAUAAAAAGAUGAAAGCCUCGGUCAUGCUUUGCAGCAAAUUUCAUGUAACACGCGAGGGGAACUGAAGCAGAAACCAAAGCCAAGGCAAAGCAGCGUCUGACCUUGUCACUGGGGGGCAGAAAACAGCCACUGCUUCCACUGGUGCCUCCAUCAAGCUCCCUGGGCAAUGUGGAAUUGCAGAGAGCUCACAAAGUGCAAGUUCCUUCCAGGUCCGUGGGGUGAAUAAAAAUUGUUAAUUCUUGGCUUGAUUUGUCAUCCUUUGGGGGAAAAAAAAAGGUAUGUCAGCCUGGCCAUUAUACAGUUAGACCAACUGGAAGUGGGUUGCUCCAGAGAUGAGAGUGACUGAGGCCAGCAAAGCCAAGGAGAAGCCUGUUCAGCUGCACAUCUACCAGGGAUUCCUUGGAGAGGUGAUAAAGUGAGUAAUAAGGCAAAGUGGGAGUUAUAAAGUGGAUGCGACGGCUCCAGCAGAACUUCUUCUCACUGCCACAUAGGCUCGUUACAAAGCAACAAACGUUAUCUGGAAAUCCGUUUGGGGAAAAAAAUGCACUUUGAGCAUCUCUGCAGUUCUUGUGUCUGAAGCAUUGAUCAGGAAAAUCGGCAGCACAACGCCAACAAAGGAGAAGAGAAUAUGGUGAAGGCAGCUAAGGAAAUUGAAAUGGAGAACCCAAGAGAGGCAGAGACUCCCAGCACAGGGGCCACAUGUUCCCCACCAGAGGAACAAGCUAAAAAACCCUCCAUGCUGUGUUUUAAGAAGCGAAAGAAGUCCUGUAAGAAGGGGCUGACUGUGAAGGAUGCGUGCGAAGGAGCCUCAGAGGAGAAAAGCCAAUGUGUCCGUGCUGACCAAGGGGAGGCCAAGGCUUCCAAUCCACCACGAUCCUCCAGAGGGACCUGGGCAGCCAUCAAAAACCUUGCCAGGCCUCAGAGAAGGCAGAAGUCCUCCUCACGGAAGAAGGUGCCCUCUGAUUCCCAAGUGCAGCUGGAGGUGGACGCUGAGGAGAGCUGUGCACAAGAACUCCCAAAGAAACGGGCGAGUUCUGGGGUGAAGAUGCCCUGUGUGAGGUUCUCCAGAGGUAAGAAAAAACCCAGCCCCUCAGAAGCAGUGGAGGAGUCAGAGGGCAGUGCUCAAGCAAAUGAAGUGAUGGGUGUUGUGAAUAAGGCUAUUGAGGAGCCAGAGGAUUUGGCCCCGACGGACAAAUCUGAGUCCCUCAGGCCAGUCUCUGCACAGGAGGAGCAGGAUACGGUGAAGCAGGAGAAGCAUAGAAUGAAGCAGGACCAGGAUACAGUGAAGAAGGACCAGGAUGCAAUAAAAAAGGACCAGGAUUCAGUGAAAGAGGACAACCAUACAGCAAAGGAAAGUGACACCUCUGUUGGGAAGAGUGAGCCCCUGACAGAGCCCACACGGGAUGCAGAACAUUCGGAGUGCACUGUUCAGCUGGAGAUAACCAGUUCAGAGACAUUUGAUGAAACAGCCCAGGACAAACUGCAGGAGGAGAGUCUGCCCUCAGCCACAGACGAUGAGGAGGGCAGGGAAGUUGCUCCUGAAGUGCCUGCUUCUAAAGAUCAACCUGACAAUGCCCCUGAAAUCACAGAGUGCCAGGAAAUCCCUCAUAUCUCCAAAGAGAUGCCUGAAAGGGAUGAAUUGGAAAAGAGCAUAAAUCUUUCUAAGGAGUGCAAAGCUGAGGAGACUGUAACUGAUUUCAGUGAGUUGACAUCCAGAGGUGAUGCAGCGAGUGUGCAGGAGGCGGCAAAUGUGCAGGAUGCAGUGAGUGUAAAGGAUGCAGUGAGUGUGCAGGAGGCAGCAAAUGUGCAGGAUGCAGUGAGUGUGCAGGAGGCAGGAAGUGUGAAGGAUGCAGUCAGUGUAAAGUAUGCUACAAGUGUGCAGGAAGCAGACAGUGUAAAGGAUGCAGUGAGUGUGAAGGAUGCAGUGAGUGCACAGGAAGCAGUGAGCAUGCAGGAUGUCACAAGUGUGCAGGAUGCAGUGAGUGUGCAGGAUGCCACAAGUGUGCAGGAUGCAGUGAGCGUGCAGGAUGCCAUGAGUGUGCAGGAUGCCACAAGUGUGAAGGAUGCAGUGAGUGCACAGGAUGCAGUGAGUGUGCAGGAUGCCACAAGUGUGAAGGAAGCAGUGAGUGUGCAGGAGGCAGCAAAUGUGCAGGAUGCAGCAACAGUGAAGGAUGCCGCGAGUGUGCAGGAUGCAGCGAGUGUGCAGGAUGCAGCAAGUGUGCAGGAUGCAGAGAGGGUAAAGGACACAGCAAAUGUGCAGGAUGCAGCAGGCACAAAGGAUGCAGCAAGUGUGCAGGAUGCCAUGAGUGUGCAGGAGGCACCAAGUGUGCAGGAUGUCACAAGUGUGCAGGAUGCAGAGAGUGCACAGGAGGCAGCAAGUGUGCAGGAAGCAGUGAGUGUGGAGGAAGCAGUGAGUGUGCAGGAGGCAGAGAGUGUGAAGGAUGCAGAGAGUAUGCAAGAUACAGCAAGCCUGCAGCAUGCCACAAGUGUGCAGGAUGUAGCGAGUGUGCAGGAGACAGCGAGUGUGCAGGAGGGAGCAAGUGCACAAAAGGCAGCAAGUGUGAAGGAUGCAGCAAGUGUGCAGGAAGCAGCAAUUGUGGAGGAUGCAGCAAGUGUGCAGGAUGCAGUAAGUGUGAAGGAUGCAGCAGGUGUGCAGGAGGCAGUGAGUGUGCAGGAUGCAGCAAGUGUGCAAGAGGCAGCAAGUGUGCAGGAUGCAGCAAGUGUGCAAGAGGCAGCAAGUGUGCAGGAGGGAGCAAGUGUGCAAGAGGCAGCAAGUGUGCAAGAGGCAGCAAUUGUGCAGGAUGCAGCAAGUGCGCAAGAGGCAGCAAGUGCGCAGGAAUGCUCCAGCCGUCAGAUACUAGAAGCAAAUGCAGGCCCCGGUGUCAGCAUCGUCAUCACCAUCACCGAAGCUGAGGACUCUGACAACACCGACUCUGACCAGGCCUAUGAGCCAUCCCCAGUUUUGCGUCAAAAAAAGCAAAAAGGGAAUAAAAAAUCAAACAGGAACGCUGAUGUUGGUCCAAAAGAGGGCCCUGAGGCUGGUGGCAGUCCCCAGGCAGAGGAGAAAGGUCUCGCUGACCAGGGGCACAGAACUGGGGAGCAGUAUGAGCUGCUCCUCAUAGAAACCGCCUCCUCCCUCGUGAAGGCGGCCAUUCAGUCAUCCAUAGAGCAGCUGGUCAACGAAAUGGCCCUGGAACAGAAUAAGCACAACAGCUUUCUGUGAUGGCAGCCUUGCCCAGAGAGAAAGGGCAGAGGGAGUGAUUUCAAGCUCCGUUUGGCCUGCGGGGUGUGUGGAGAACUGGGAGAGCUCCCGGGGCCGCAGUGUGGUUCAUUCUGCAUGCCCGUUCAGUUGUGUCCAUGUGAAACGAUCCCGGGACGUGGGCAGGCCCUGCUGAGGGCAGCGUGUCCCCUGGGCCUUCAGACAGCGCCACUGGCCACAGCUGCGGAAACAUUAAGGUGUUACAGUGACUGUAUUUCCACUUAUUGGCACAUUUCUGUCACGGCCACAUCUCUGCUCUCCCCCAUGCCCUGUUUCCCCGCUGUUCUUGCUGUAGAUCUGUGCAUACCAUGUGUUGGAAGAAAGGCCCUGAGAGGCAGCGAGUGGCCGACCUGCUGCUGGGGUGGAUUCGGGGCACGCUGAAACAGCUGGAGCCUCGCUGGGCCUUUAUUGCAGAUGAGGAAGAGCAAAGUGUCUGCAAUAUUAACAAGAAACCAUCAAUGCCAGGCUGUGCUUUGUGCUGUGACCAGCCCUUGCUAGGCUCGGGCGCCAGGAGCCGCGGUCAGUGCUGUGGCCCGAAGCCGGCGGGUUCCAGCGAGCUCUCUCCUUCCUUCCCUCGGCCUCUCCCCUGUCAGGAGCAGCCUGUGCAUCUCCAGACACGCUAAAGCUCAGCAUCAGCCUCGCCCUGCUGACCCCGGGCUGAAAGCGACAGCGCUUCGUCUGCUGGGGGAGCCUUUCUCGCACCAUUGAACUCGACGGGCAGUAUUCCCUGCGGGAUCACGGGCUUGGCCCGGCAGGAGCAGCCCUGCCGCCGGCAGCCCCUCGCCCCCCUCGCCUUCCUCCAUCCCCAUCCCGGUGUCGUGCUGAAGCUCUCCUCGGAUGUAGCAUAUUUUUUUAUCCAUGGCAUGCGAUAUAAAUAGCAGUGAGCUGCAUGCGUGUUAGCAGUCAGCAGAGUUGGGGAAGCUGCAAUGUGCUGCCGGCACAGGCUAGGAUUGCUUUGGUUUGGUCUGGGUGCCGCUGGCAUCCCCGGCUGCUGGCGGAGCCUGUCCCGCACCGUUCCCCCCUCAAAGCCCUCCCGCCUCCAUCCAGCCCAGGCAUCCCUUGGGAAUCGCAUUGUGCCCGGCUCGCUGCCACCAGGCUCUGGCACGCCAUGGAGCUCGCUCUGAAACAUGCAGGGAAAUGCUGGAGCAAUCUUAGCAAAGUCCUCAGGGAAAAAAAAUCCUGACAUGAGGACAUGGCUGGAAAAUGCCUGGACAAUCCUACUGCUGUCAGACCCCAGAACUGCCCUGCCCGAGGGGUUUGCACCGUGUGUGUGUGUGUGAGCAUCACCUCCAGCUACCAGCACCCCAGGAGAAAGGAGCCUUUUAAAAAUAUGGGAUUGCAUCUGCAUGGCUGGGAUUUGUGUCCAGCUGUGGGCAAGGCAGUGUGUUCCUCUGAGAGAAUUCUCGUGCGUGUUCCUCAGCUGGCACAGAAAUAGCAGCCGUGCUCGGUGGUUGCUCACUGACCGUGCACUGAGAUUUCCCUGCCCAGCACAGGCUUUGGAUUCCUGCUGAAAUACAAGGGCUGUACCUGUCCCUCCUAUCUGGUGCACAAACAUGUUUUAAACCUUGAUAAAACAUCUCCUCGAUGUCACGAGAGGACUGCCAGCAGCAAGAGCCACAGCUCAUCUCUGUGCAAGUAAAACUUAAAAAAACCCAGAGGGUGGUAAAGAAAAAAAAAAAGUGUCUUUUUCUUCCUGUGAAUUUGUUUAUUAAGUUAUCAGCUAUUGAUAAUUCAGUGUGUACAAUUUUAAUGGCUUUGUACUUCAUACUGGUCCUUCCAGGUAUUUUGCCAUAGUUUUGAAAAAGGGACUUUUAAAGGACUUUUAGACAUACCUUUGGAGCUGCCACAGCUCACCCUGGGAAAAAGCCAUCCUGGUGCUGGGAGAGGCUUACAGGAUUACACUGGGCACUGUGGCAGGCUGGUGCUGAGCAGAGGGCUGCAGCAUUGCUGUGGGAUCCCACUGGAGUCAGCUGCAGAGGAGGAUGUCCAAGCUUUAGUAAAUAAACACAAAAUUACCCCCCAGGGCCAGGCUGUCAGCCUCUGUCAGCCUGCUAAGCUGUUUUGGGAGGAUUUGGUGUUAUUUCAGUACUGCCUUCUAGGUGAAACGUCUUCAAAGAAGGAGGAGAAUGGCAAAAAUGCCCAGUCCAGCCCUGCCCUGUGACUUGCUCCGUGUCAGGGGUUGGGUUUGCAUCCUCUCUUGUAUCUGGUUUUCCCUCUGUUAUAGCUGUACAUAGAACUGAUGAUUAUUUCAUUAAAGCUGAAUGUACCUGUUGUUUUCUUGCCUUGUGAUUGAGUGGGCAGCUAUGGAGAGAUUUUAGAUGUGAAAGGAUUAACUCACAGGGGUGCUCCAUUGUGUCCAGCUUUUCCAGGCAGUCAUACAGUGAGCAGAGAGAAAUCUUAAAUGUUGGUGGCAGAUCCAAAUUCCUUGGAGGUUUGCUCCUCCUCUGCCCUUUCUAUGACAUUUCCUUUGGGUUGCUGGUCAAUCAUUUCUACUACAGAGUCCUGGCUGCCCAGGGCUUGCUGUAAGGAAUUUGUGAAGGAUCACAAAUCUCUGGCAGCUAAGAAAAGCCACCCUGCUGCCCCAUGGUUAAAUUCCCUGUUAGAUACCCCGUGGCACCAGAGGAAAAUGUUUGAGGCUCUGCAGACUGAUGAGGGUGGUGCUCACAGUGUUCAGAUUUGGGCUGGCAUUUUGGGAAGGGGAGCAGCACAUUUGGUGCUUUGGCACUUUCAAAUCAGUCCCACACCCUAAUUGUUUGGGGGUUUUUUGCAUAAUGUCCUUCAUGUAAUUUCUUGGGACAGUUUAAAACGUGCACAAAAUACGACGGAAAGGAGUUACAAAUUUUUAAUGGUGUUAAUACUAUCUAUUCUUUCAGGUUUACAGAACAAAAUAUAGGCUCAUAACAGCUGCUAAUGACUUAAUUAAGACUCUCUGCUCCUUCCUUAUGAUUAGAGAGUAGAACAUUAAUAAAACAUUUAUUCUUUCAUAGAAGGAAUGAUGAAUUUACUCUUGUGAAAGGGAACCAGGGAACCUGUGAGGAUGUGGCUGUGCCAGAGCACCAAAGGGUGGCCUGACUUUAGGACCAUCAUCCUCACCAACAGCUAAAAUAAUCUGGAGUUAUCAUAGAAUCACAGGAUCAUUCAGGUUGGAAAAGACCUCUGAGAUCACCAAGCACUGCCAAGGCCACCACUAAACUGUGUCCCCAGGUGCCACAUCUACAUAUUAUUUAAAUCCCUCCAGGGAUGGUGACUCCACCACUGCCCUGGGCAGCCUAUUCCAAUGCUGGACACUCCUCUCAGGGAAGAAUUUUUUCCUGAUAUCCCAUAAUUUUUAUGGCCCUAUUCAGCUUGUUUCUGAGCUGUCUGGCUCCUUACCCAGAAAUUCAUUGCUCUGAAUAAUGGAAGUGGUUCUUCUGCUCACCCCACAGCCUGUGCUGCUGCUUUUGUCCCAGAUGUUCCCAGUGCUCUCCUCAGGGGAAAAAAUUCAGCUCUACAUCCAACAAGUUCCCUCUCCCUGCUUUGCUGCAUCAUUUUGAAUAUUUUCAUCUCCCACAGCUUUUUUUAUGUUAGCAGCAAAGAAAAGGGUGUUUAAAUAGUAUAACUCAUACCCAAAAAGGCUUCCAGGGGGAUAAAAAGCUUUUCUGUUAAGACAACACUGAGCCCAGCAGAAAACAGGUGAAUCCAUUGAAAAGUUCCUUGUGGAAACUGCCAGUAGACAAUGAUGGCACAAACAAAUAUUGCAUUUUCUUUCCUGCCCUGGGAUACCAGAAAUGGAUUAGAAAUGCACAGGGGCAGAUCUCCAGCUGCUGAAGGUCAUGGCAGCUCCAUGGGCUUCAAAGGACUGACUCUACAGCAGCAGGAGCCUGGUGUUUGAAUCCAAGGUGCAAUCCCUGCAUAAAUCGUGGACAUUCUCAUAUGCAACAUGUAUAAAAGUGAAGAUGCAGUUGUGGGGGGUUUCGUUGUUGUUUUUGUGGAGUUUGGGUAGUUUUUGUUGGUUUUUUCCCCACAAAUGUAUGCAAGAAAUUGAGUAAAUUCACAAAACACAUGGGAAUCCUGGUUUGCUCUUGGGAUGGAUGGAUGGAUGGAUGGAUGGAUGGAUGGAUGGAUGGAUGGAUGGAUGGAUGGAUGGAAGGAAGGAAGGAAGGAAGCCAGACCCACAUGUACAGGCAGUGAAGCCUUAAUAUUUCAUGUGUUAUAGAUAGAACCUUUCAACAUGAGUAACUCAAAACGAACUGCUCCAAGGAAACAGAUUGAUUUAAAUAAUUGCUUUAAUAUGAUUUUACCUCUGCAGUUUUAUUUCCCAGAGAAAUGGUUCUUGUCAGCUCUUGUUGGGUAGUACUAAAAUAAUGAAAUACUUUUCAUUUGCAAACGGACAAAAUCUUAACAUUAAAUAUGACUUUAAAAAACA